AUGAGCAAACGAAAUAGACACAAUUUUCCAUUAAUUCCGGAGAAGGAAAUAUUCAAUAAUAACACUCAAGCAAAAAAGAAAAAACUUGUACUCCAUGAACAACGAGAAGAAAUAUUUUCAGAUGAUAUUUGUUUUGAAAUAAUUUCCAUGAUUGAUGAUUCGUGGUUUAUUUUAAAUAAUUGUACUUUAAUUUCAAAACAAUUCUUUAAUGUGAUCCGAGAACGUUCUAAACUUGUUAUUCAAUUUAAAAAAAAAUUUACAGAGAAAAGAAUUGAAUUAUUCAUGAAAAGUCAAUUCAUGAAUAGUAUUGCUAAUGUUAAAUUUUCCGUUUACUCCUUAGACAAUGCCAAAUUCAUAAGUGAAAUGAAACAAUUGACAUCACUUGGUAUUGCUGAAAAUCGAAUUGGUGAUGAAGGAGUUAAAUUCAUAAGUGAAAUGAAACAAUUAACUUUACUUGAUAUAUGUUGCAAUGAAAUUGGUGUUGAAGGAGCCACGUCAAUAAGUGAAAUGAAGCAAUUAACAUCACUUAAUAUUUCUGGCAAUCGAAUUGGUGAUGAAGGAGCUAAACUCAUCAGUGAAAUGAAGCAAUUAACAUUACUUAAUAUUGCUGACAACCGAAUUUGUGUAGAAGGUGCAAAAUCAAUAAGUGAAAUGAAACAGUUAACAUCACUUAGUAUUUCUGACAACGAAAUUGGUGUAGUAGGAGCAAAAUUAAUAAGUGAAAUGAAUCAAUUAACAUUACUUAAUAUUUCUAACAACGAAAUUGGUGAUGAAGGAGCCAAAUUCAUCAGUGAAAUGAAACAAUUGAUAUCGCUUGAUAUUUCUAACAAUCUAAUUGAUAUAGAAGGUGCAAAAUCAAUAAGUGAAAUGAAACAGUUAACAUCACUUGAGAUUUAUUACAAUGAAAUUGGUGAUGAAGGAGUCAAAUUCAUAAGUAAAAUGGAACAGUUAACAUCGCUUGAUAUUUCUGGAAAUCAAAUUGGUGUAGGAGGAGCUAAAUCAAUAAGUGAGAUGAAACAAUUGACAUUUCUUCAAAUAUUUUCCAAUCGAAUUGGUGAUGAGGGAGCAAAUUCAAUAAGUGAAAUGAAGCAAUUAACAUCACUUAAUAUUUAUUACAAUCAAAUUGGUGAUGAAGGAGUCAAAUUCAUAAGUGAAAUGGAACAAUUAACAUCACUUGAUAUUGGUGGAAAUCAAAUUGGUGUAGGAGGAGCUAAAUCAAUAAGUGAGAUGAAACAAUUGACAUUUCUUCAAAUAUUUUCCAAUCGAAUUGGUGAUGAGGGAGUCAAAUUCAUAAGUGAAAUGAAGCAAUUAACAUCACUUAAUAUUUCUGGCAAUCGAAUUGGUGAUGAAGGAGCCAAGUCAAUAAGUGAAAUGAAGCAAUUAACAUUACUUUACAUUUCUAGCAACGAAAUUGGUGAUGAAGGAGUCAAAUUCAUAAGUGAAAUGAAACAAUUAACUUUACUUCAAAUAUAUUCCAAUCGAAUUGGUGAUGAGGGAGUCAAAUCAAUAAGUGAAAUGAAGCAAUUAACAUCACUUAAUAUUUCUGGCAAUCGAAUUGGUGAUGAAGGAGUCAAGUCAAUAAGUGAAAUGAAGCAAUUAACAUCACUUAAUAUUUCUAACAAUCGAAUUGGUGAUGAAGGAGUCAAAUUAUUAACAUCACUUAAUAUUGUCUUAUUUUAA